AUGUCUGUAAACAAAAUAAGCGGCGAUGAUGAUGUACCGAAUACGAUACCAUGUCCAAUUUGUAACAAGGAUUUUGACAAAAGUGCGAUCCAGGAACAUGCUAACAAGUGUUUAUUCCUAAAUACCUCUGAACAGAGUCAAUUCAAUCAAAAGCGACAUGAGUUGUUUAACAACGCUAAAAGAAGUAGUUCCCACUUAAAGAAUACUAAUUCAUUAGAAAAACGAACUCGAUUAAGUACAAGCCCCAGUUCAUCAAAAGCCAUACAGCCACAACCUGAAUCCACUUCAAAAGUCCUAUCUAAAGAUACUAAAAAUAUACCUUUAGCUGAACGGAUGCGGCCUAUUAGUUUACAAGAUAUUGUGGGACACACUGAAGCAUUUGGUUCUGGAUCAAUGUUAAGGUCAUUAUUAGAACAACGAAAAAUACCGAAUAUGAUAUUGUGGGGGCCUCCGGGAUGUGGAAAGACAUCAUUGGCGAAUGUGAUAUCUAACAUUUGUAAGGAACAAAACAACAUGCGGUUUGUUAAACUCUCUGCCACUAUGUCAGGUAUUAACGAUGUUAAGGAAGUGGUGAAAGUGGCCAAAAAUGAAGCUCAGUUUAAAAGACAGACUGUAUUGUUUAUGGAUGAAAUUCACAGAUUCAACAAACUUCAACAGGAUACGUUUUUGCCUCACGUCGAAAAUGGGACAAUAAUUCUUAUUGGAGCUACCACUGAGAACCCUUCAUUUAGUUUAAACAACGCAUUAUUGAGUCGCUGCAGAGUUGUGGUUAUGCAAAAAUUGAGUAUUGAUGAUGUGUUACAAAUUUUAAAGAAAGCUCUUACAAAAACUGGAAAAGCAGCGAUCAAAAACUUUAAGGGUGAUUUAGCGAAAGCCUCAAAAGAUGAUUUACCGAAGUGCCUUGUAGAAGAGGAAUCAUUGCAAUGGCUAGCUGAGGUGAGCGACGGAGAUGCCAGAAUUGCUUUAGGUGCAUUGGAGAUUGCACUUGAUGCCAGAGACCCUGGGACAGAAAUACAUGUUACAGGACCUGCUAUACUUACACUUGAAGAUAUAAAAAAUGGUAUUAAAAGAACCCAUAUGAUGUACGACCGGCAAGGUGAGGAGCAUUACAACACUAUAUCAGCGGUACAUAAAUCAAUUCGUGCUGGCGACGACAAUGCUGCAUUAUAUUGGACAACAAGGGCUUUACAAGGUGGCGAGGAUCCUUUGUACAUUGCACGACGUCUGGUGAGAGCGGCAUGCGAAGACAUAGGUCUGGCAGAACCUAACGCUAUAGUGGAAGCUGUUGCUUGUUUACAAGGUUGCCAACAGCUAGGUAUGCCUGAAUGUGACGUUUUACUUGUGCAGUGUGCCGUGAGAUUGGCAAGAGCACCGAAGAGCAGAGAAGUAUAUCGCGCCAUGAGACAGUGCCAGAAAUAUUUAGCACAAGCUAAGGGACCUCUUCCACCUGUGCCAUUACACUUGCGGAAUGCUCCCACAAAACUAAUGAAACAAUUAGGUUAUGCCAGUGGUUAUAACUUAUUACAUAAAGACGAGUCUGGAUUGGAAUAUAUGCCUGAAGGAAUGGAAGAUUGUAAUUUUUUUCAAGAUGUUUAA